AUGACCGCCGCGGCAACCGAGCUGUUCCCCCACGAUGUCCCGGUGCUGAGAACAUCGUUGGUUAGGCACGGCCUGGUUGAUUUGUCUACUUCGCCACGGGCAAGGAAGGCUCCCGCAGGGCCGGCUUCCUCGCAAGACUUGGCAGCAGGAGAUAGGGGAGAGGAACAAUGGACGAAAGCAGCAGCGGCGGGUGGCAACUCUGGCUUCCAGGCACUGGUCGGGGUCAACAGCGUCGUGGUCGGGCACGUCCGAGCGGCCGAAGAGCUACGAGCCUCCUUGCGUUCCCCUCCUUCUCCGCGAGACCUCCAAAAGAUCCGAGCGCCAGGGACACCAACCCGCCGAGGCGAGCAGCCAAAGAGCGCGGAAGAGCGGCUGCGAAAGCGGUCGGUUUCUCUCCGAACCGAUUCCCCUUCCGCACAGGCGGCGGCAUCCUCUAGACGGCAGCGGGCGGGCUCCGCGGCGAGCAUAGCGGCGACGUUGGCGAUGGCGGCUGUGCGAAGAGGAGACCGGCCCUACUAUGUCGGAGCUGCUGGCGGGGCGUCAAGGGGCAGUCCGGAGCAGACGCCGCAACCGACGGAGGGGGUAAGCAUGGCAAACCUGCUCGACAUUGCCGUCAGCCUCUUCGGCAGCGGUGACGGGGCGGGUGGCCGGGGAGGGCGGCACAGCAUUGACGGGGAUGGCAGCAGCAAGAGUAGCGGCGUGGUCAAGAGCAAGAAGAAGGAAGAAAAGCUGGUGACUUUUACAGUGGACGUGCACACGGGGGGCUCCAUGACGCUGGGAGUGACGGUUAAGGAGCUCGGGGGCGGCGCCGUCUUCGUCGAGGAUGUUCGCAAGCUGCCCGGAGGAUCCUCCGGACCAGCCGAGCUGGCCGGCAUCCUUGUCGGAGACGUUAUCCUUGGCAUCAACUACGAACCGCUGGAGAAGGGUUUGGUCCAUACGUCAACUCGUCUGGCGGAAGCCAUCGCCCUGGCGGGUUUUGUAAAACUCCAGAUUUCACGAUGUGUUCGCUCUAAGAGCUGGCGGCAGUCUCUCCCCCGGAAAGACUGCGCUCUCGUCUCGGAGCUCAUGUGGCGAACCGCGCAGCUCAGGAAAGCCGGCAGUGCGGAACGCCACAGCAUCGCGGGGUUGGUUCUGCAGCGCAUGGCGUGGGAGGAGGGAACGUCCCGAGCGCUGGCCCCUCUUUUGGCGACCACGCCUCCAGUCGAUUCGUCGCUGGAAUCCGCGGCUUCUGCUCUGCUGGAUUCACUUGUUUUGGAGGCGAAGGGCUUAAGAAAAGCCAUCGAUGUUCGAUGCUUGCACACCAGGACGAUAGUAGAAACAGUCGAGGUGCCGUCGGUGUGGGGCCCGACGUCGUCAGAAGUGGCGUCAUCGGACGCGAAGGCGGCGCCGCCGGAGGCCGCGACUCCGGCCAGCACCCGCGCGACCGUCCGCUUCGUGGUGAGGGUGGAGGACGUCGGGACCGGGCGCCAGUGGCUGGUUUUCCCUCACUACGGCGACCUGAGCGCGCUCCGCCAGGAGCUCCUCGCGAUGUGGCCGCCGAUAGCCGACCUGCCGUUCCCGGCGAAGCGCUCCUCCGUUUCGAGGGCGGCGGCGGCGGAGACGGCAGAAACGGAGGAAACGGUGGUCGAGGAGCGGGUGGUUAGGCUGGAGGCGUUCUUGGACGGGGCGCUCUCCUUGCUCGGGAUGUACGUUUCGAUUGAUCCGAGGUGCUCCGGUGCCCUGCAUAUCGUCCAGGACUUCCUUGGGAGGCCGGAAGAUCUUUUCAACGCCGACCUCGCGCUUUCUCCAGCUCUGCGCGACCAAAAGCGCGCGGAGCUGCUGCUGUACAGGCUGCUCAACCAAGCCGACUCUCCGGCCGCUAGGAUGAAGCACUUGCUGAUGCGAGACUUCGAGAGCGAUACCUCUCUCGCCCCGGAUGUGGAUUCGCUCAUGAAGUGCGCGUCUUCGCGUCUUCGACGUCUGCAGGAUUUCGUGCUAGAUCACCACGAGGAGCAGCUGUCUUCGUGCGCGUACACUACGAGCGAAACAAGGGAAGCCAUCGUGCGGAAGGCCGUGCGGAGACAGGUGGAGCUUUCUCUUUAUCUUCCGCUGCGGCGCUGUCUCUGGAAGGAGCUAACGUGGCGAAUUCGGGACCCGGCGAGAAAGCUCGAGCGAGCCAUCCAGGCAUUGCGCCGCUCCCCGCCGGCAGUGUUCGGUUUGGAAACCCUGGGCGUUCUCGCGUCGAAGGAGUGGGGUCCUGUGAAGGAAGUCAUGGGGCAAGCAACGAGGAAUGUGCUUCCUACGGAUCAGAUCGAUGGUCUUCGCCGGGCGGCCGAGCACCUAACAGCGCUCCACGCGUCCCUCCAGCUGAACGCUUGUUGCGACAAUGGUGAUGCCAGCACCGACGCCACGGAUAGCUCUUGCAACGGACGUUCUGGCAGCAGCGGUGCCUUGAGCGUCGACUCCAGAAGGGCAAGCUUGAAACUGUACAGUCGGGAGGAUGGGAAGGGAGAGGCUGGGGAGGAAGACGGGGAAGAGGGCAGCGUUCGUGCCGAGGGUGCGACCGCCCCUACGCAUGGGACUUUGUGUCCCGAGGAGGGCGAAUUCGGAAUCCGAGAGAGAGAUAGCAACGGCCUCCGCCUGGGCGGGAGGCCAGAUCGACAAACGCGUGCGGUCAGCGACAGUUUCACCGGCGAUGGUGGUAGGGCGACGAAUGACGUCGCCAGCGAUUCGGAUGGCCCAAGUUCUGCACCGGCGCUGUCGUUGGCGGAUGAGGAACAACGGUUAAACGUAGUGCAAGAACUCGUCGAGGAUGAUCUCUGCUGGCAAGCGCAGUGUGUACAAGACGAGGACAUCGCUACCGAAGAGGUGGAUCGGGAAGCCUUGCGCCCCAACUUCAACAGCAGCAGGAGCUGGAGUGCCCUGUCUACAUCCCAUGACAUCAGCCCAACGGCUGCGAAAAGCUCAACCUCAAGCUGGGAUAGUAUCGGAGGCUUGAACGAGGGUGCGGCUCCUGGGGAGAGCGAUGGCGAAGGGGAAGGCGCUGAAGAGGGCAUGGAAGACCACCCGGAGGUAGCGCCGCCGGCAACACAGCCGUCCGACCAGGCCAUGGGCGCGGACGACUUCUUGCCUUUGUUCGCCCUUGUGCUGGUACACUCGGCGCCGUUAGAUCUGCUCUUGCCUCAGACGAUGCUCACCCACCUGAUGGACUUGGACGGAAGCUUGUCGGAGGCAGGGUACCUCGUCGCCACCUUGGAGGCCGCCGUCUCCUUCAUCACACAGGUUCAUGCAUCGAGCUUAAGCGCGGACGGAAAUCAAGACUCCUCCCCAUAGAGAAGCGGUACUCUUUUUCGGAAGGGGAAUUGCCGUUGAGGGAUGUUGUCUCUCUUACCCUCUUUUCGGCUCACCUGAAGUACUGCCUAAGUCGACAUUGAGGGAAGGCGACACCGACACAUCGAUGGUGUCUUUGCGAGUCUUGCACAGCAACCCGCUGGGUUCGCGCACGUGCCCUG